UUGCGUCGUACCCCGUGAAAUAUCGCUUACAUAAUCACCAGCUUAUUUACCGAAAAAAAUAUCGAAAAAUUUGAACAGUUGUGAAGUAAUUGUAAGAAAAACAAUUCGAUUACCCCGGUAUUUGUCAAUUUGUUGACGUUUCUCGUGAUAUCUCAUUCUUCCAUUGCGGAAAAUAAUUUUUCGUAAUAAAAGUGACCUCUCAACCGUUUCAUCACUUGAUAUUUGUUUAUCAAGUGGAAACGUGAUUAGGAGUGCGCACUAUCGCUCGUUCGAACAAACAGCGGGUGCGCGUCUCGAGUUACUUAUAGCUAAUUGCAAUAUUUAGUCAGUGAACUUGUAAUAUUAACGCCACGUGGAGAACAUGGGAAUUCAGCGAUUUUACAAGAGCCCUGGGCUAUUGUCGGGACAGUUAACAAAUAAAAUAAAUGCUGUCACUCAGGUUUCCAAAUUUGUUAGUACUUUGGAGACGGAAUUGUGUUUUUAUGUGGAAAGCACCGGGGAAUUGUCGAAGGACGAGGGGAAUAUUCUCACGUGGAUACUUAGUCCGCCCUUUCAAUCCCAGAAUCUCAGAUCUUCGAAUUUUUCCAAACUAUCGGAUUACGAUUUAAUCAUCGAAAUUGGACCGAGAUUGAAUUUCUCUACUCCUUUCUCAACCAAUGCAGUAUCGAUUUGUAAAUCCGCUGGCCUUGAAAAUAUAACCAGACUAGAAGUAGCUACAAGAUAUCUCGUGAGAUGUAAUGGGAAAAUAGAUAAAAAAUGUGAAGAAGCUAUUGUGAGCCUUCUUCACGACAGAAUGACCCAGUGCCGAUACCUGAAGCCACUCCAAUCAUUUGAUCACGGGUUUAGGCCGGAGAGUUGGUUCGAUGUGAAUGUUUUGCGCGAUGGAAGAUCUGCCCUGGAAGAUGUCAAUUCAAGACUCGGUCUCGCCUUCGAUGACUGGGAUUUGGAUUUCUACACGAAUUUAUUCCGGGAUAAAUUGAAACGAAAUCCAACAAGUGUGGAGUGUUUCGAUCUGGCUCAAUCGAAUAGCGAGCACAGCCGCCACUGGUUCUUCAAAGGAAAGAUGUUUAUCGAUGGGAAAGAGGAGGAGAAAACUCUUUUUGAGCUGAUAACCGAUACCCAGAGUCAUUCCAACCAAAACAACGUGAUAAAAUUUGCCGACAACAGUAGCGCGAUCGAAGGUUUCGCCGUGGACACAUUAGUGCCAAAUGCAACAGACACCUGUAGUGUAUUGACCGUAGAGAUGCUGAAGAAACACCUGAUUUUCACCGCUGAGACCCACAAUUUUCCCACAGGAGUUGCUCCAUUCUCUGGUGCAACCACCGGUACUGGAGGUCGAAUCCGAGACAUUCAAGGGUGCGGCAGAGGCGGCUACUAUAUCGCAGGAACAGCUGGUUAUUCCGUUGGAAAUCUGCACAUUCCCGAUUAUCCCCUACCCUGGGAAAUUCCCGCAAACGAUAUUUAUCCUGACAACAUGGCAAGCCCCUUGGAGAUAAUAAUAGAAGCGAGCAACGGAGCAUCUGACUAUGGAAAUAAAUUUGGAGAGCCAGUUAUCUGUGGCUUUGCUCGGACUUUCGGCAUGACCGAUAAAAACGAGAGGAAAGAGUGGAUAAAACCAAUAAUGUUCAGCGGAGGAUUGGGAACAGUCGAUGGUGAUAUGAUCGAUAAAUUGAAACCGGAAAAGGGCAUGGAGGUUGUGAAAAUCGGUGGGCCAGUGUACAGGAUAGGUGUUGGUGGUGGUUCAGCAAGUUCAAUCGCAGUUCAGGGUGAUAACGCCUCAGAACUCGACUACGGUGCAGUCCAGAGGGGAGAUGCUGAGAUGGAGCAGAAGCUGAACCGUUUCGUUCGUGCGUGCACAGAAAUGGGUGAGAACAACCCCAUCAUGAGUAUUCACGAUCAAGGAGCUGGGGGCAAUGGAAAUGUCUUGAAGGAGAUCGUUGAGCCAGCAGGAGCUGUCAUAUUCACCAAGAACUUUGAACUCGGAGAUCCCAGCAUCAGCACCAUGGAACUGUGGGGCGCUGAAUACCAGGAGAACAACGCCAUUUUGUGUCAGAAAAAAGACAUAAAUCUGCUCAAGAGAAUUGCUGUACGUGAAAAGUGUCCCAUAAAUUUCGUAGGGACUGUCACAGGUUCUGGAAAAAUUGUCCUGUCAGAAGAGAAUAAUCCGGACCCUGAAAAAUACCUCGACACGACUAAAGAUUCCGCUGGGACGAGGCACCCCGUUGACCUCGACCUUGAGUUCAUACUUGGGAAAAUGCCCCAGAAGGUGUUCCAAAUGCAGCGAGAGAAACUCCAGAUGGAACCCCUGAUUCUCCCAACUGGUUUGACAGUCUAUGCUGCCCUGGAGAGAGUUCUACGACUGCCCUCGGUUGCCAGUAAGAGAUAUCUGACUAAUAAAGUUGACAGAUGUGUCACAGGACUGGUCGCUCAACAGCAGUGUGUGGGGCCUCUUCAUACUCCUCUGGCUGAUGUCGCUGUCACGGGAAUUUCCCAUUUCUCGAGCGCUGGUAUAGCCUCGUCGAUCGGUGAACAACCGAUCAAGGGAUUGGUAAAUGUUGCUGCUGGAGCACGAAUGACCGUCGCCGAGGCCAUCACCAAUAUUGUAUUUGCCAAGAUCAGUGACAUCAGGGAUAUCAAAUGCAGUGGGAACUGGAUGUGGCCUGCCAAACUCAGUGGCGAAGGCGCUGGAUUGUAUGACGCCUGUCGUGCAAUGUGUCAAUUGAUGAAGCAACUGGGAGUUGCUAUCGACGGGGGCAAGGAUUCCCUAAGCAUGGCAGCUAGAGUCGGUGAUAAAAUCGUUAAAUCCCCAGGCACACUCGUUGUUUCCUGCUACGCACCCUGCCCCAACGUCACAGCUGUCGUAACUCCAGACAUAAAAUCUCCAGCCCUGGGCAAAACCGGAUCUCUGCUGUUCGUUGAUUUAUCUGAAGGUCAUAGUAGAAUUGGGGGUACAUCACUGGCUCAGGUGUACGGACAACUCGGUAAUUCAACACCUGACGUCGAAGACCCCCAGGUAAUUGUCAACGCUUUUCAGGCAACACAGACUUUAAUUGGCAAUAAAAAAAUCCUAGCUGGUCAUGAUGUCAGCGACGGUGGCCUCAUCACGUGCCUCCUGGAGAUGUCAUUCGCUGGAAUUUCAGGGAUGAAUGUCAAUAUCACACAUAAAUCCGGAAAUUAUAGUCCCGUUGAAGUUCUUUUCGCCGAAGAAGUCGGCUGGGUACUCGAAGUCGGUGAGAGCGACGUCAACGAGGUGGUGAGCAUUUUCGAGAAAUUCCACGCGCCCAUUUACAAAAUAGGGGUAUCCUGUGGUCUUGGAGUCGAUUCUGAUAUUAUCGUGUCUGUCAAUGGAAUUAAUCACCUCAAGUCAACGGUUCUUGCGAUGAUGUCUAUCUGGGAAGAAACGAGUUAUCAACUCGAAAGACGUCAGACUAAUAUCAAAUGCGCUGAGGAUGAGUUCAAUUCCCUGAAGAAUCGAAAGGUUCCGAAGUACAAGCUGCCAUUCAAUCCGGAUGGAUUGCCCUUGCCGCAGUCAUCGAUUCUCACAUCUAGAAUAAGAGUAGGCGUCGUUCGAGAGGAAGGAAUAAACGGUGACAGAGAAAUGGCAGCGGCUCUGACACUGGCUAACUUCGAAGUUUGGGACGUCACGAUGCAGGAUCUCCUGGGGGAUAAAAUUACUCUGGACAGAUUCAGAGGUAUCGUAUUUCCUGGUGGAUUCAGCUACGCCGAUGUUCUAGGUUCAGCAAGGGGUUGGGCAGCUUCUUUAUUAUUCCAACCUCGAGUUCGUCAGCAACUUGAUGCAUUCGUAGCUCGCCAGGACACAUUCAGCUUGGGAGUGUGCAACGGGUGCCAGCUGAUGAGUCUCCUGGGAUGGAUCAGCUCACCUAAUUCAUCGAAGAAUGAGCCCCACGUGGUGCUGGACCACAAUGCGUCGGAGAGAUUUGAAUGCCGAUGGUCGACAGUGAGGAUCGAGAAAUCCCCAGCACUUAUGCUCAAGGACAUGGAGGGCACCGUCAUGGGGGUGUGGGUGGCCCAUGGUGAAGGAAAAUUUACAUUCCGCAAUAAUGAGAUUCUUCGAGAACUCAGAGAAAACCAAUGUCUACCAAUAAAGUACGUCGAUGAUGACGGCGAACCCACGGAAAUUUAUCCAUUCAAUCCAAAUGGAAGUGUCGAGGGCAUUGCGGCCAUAUGCUCUUUAGAUGGAAGACAUUUGGCCUUGAUGCCACAUCCUGAGAGAUGCACUGAAAUGUGGCAGUGGCCCUACACUCCUCCUUCCUGGACCAAUACCACCUCACCUUGGUAUAAAAUAUUCAAUAAUGCCUUCAUGUGGUGCUGUAAUAAUUAGGCAUCAAUAUUUUUUAUACCUUUGGGCAAAUAAACACAAGUUUUUAAUU